UACUACAUUACUCACUCGUAUCGAAGCCGUACUAAACUCUAGACCUAUCUCACCACUCUCGCAAGAUCCCUCCGACUUCACAGCCUUAACCCCAGGGCAUUUUCUCAAAGGAGCACCCAUUCUGGCCAUACCUGAGCCAGGCGUGGAGUCGCUAUCCUUAUCGAACAGAUGGGAGCGAAUUAAAAUCCUCCAUCAUGAUUUCAGCCGCCGAUGGAAGGAAGACUACAUAAAGGACCUUCACAAGAGAUACCGGUGGAAAACUCAAGAAAAGGCACCAAAGCUUGGAGACUGCGUCCUUAUACAAGAUGAUUGUCUCCCUCCUACGGAAUGGCGACUCGGCCGCAUAAAACAACUUCAUUACGGUUCCGACGGUCAUGUUCGAGUAGUUGAUCUCCGCACUCAAACCGGAACACUAACCAGACCGCUCGUAAAAUUAUGCUUUCUACCAACCGCCGAAGAUAAAGAAACGUAAAACCGAAACCGCAAUAAUAAAUCAAUAAAUCGUUAAAACAUAUAACCGCUUACCAAAUCGAAACCUCGAAUAACAUUAAUGACACAAAGACUUAACAUAAAUGUCUGAUAAAAAAAGACAUCCUAUUCAUGCCACAUAUCGUGGCACAAACGUCCAUAUUAUUGUAAAUUUCACAAUACAUUUCUAAUAUCAUAAUUUCUCUCACAGAGUAAUAUGGACGUGGAUAUGGCAUCAUCGUCAACGCCAACCAUGCGUUCGGCAAUUUCCGCCCCUCGCGCUGAAGCUGCCCCAAUAGCAGCACCCCGGACCAACACUGCACCGGCAGCGCCUCGAACAACAACAGGCUCCACCGCGACAACGGCUCCGCGUCAAAGCACGCCAGCAUUACCAGCGGAUUUGCAACUAAUUCGCUGCCCAUUAUGCCGCCGCCCUCAUCGGCUAUCGCACUGCGGUAUCUUCAAAGGCAUGCCGCCGAUGCAACGCCAGCAGGUGGCACAGGCGCACGGGUAUUGCCUGAAUUGUCUGGCAACUUCCCACGCAACUCAGGAGUGCCCAUCACCUAAUCGUUGCCAAAUCUGUGUGCGGGCUCAUCAUACGAUGCUGCACCGCAUUCCCAGACGCGACUCCCGGCGCCCACCGGCUCCUCGCACCAGUGGUAACGUCAGGCGUUCCCAAAGGACUCCUGUGACGGCAUACCGCCGCCGCGGACCCUCUGCAGCAGAAUCCCGUCCUUGGCGCCAUAACCGGGCAACAUCAACAAGACGCCAUCAGCUUAGUCCGCAAUCCCGCCGGUCAACAGGUCUCAGCAGCGUGGUAGCAACGCUCCAGCAGCUACAGCGGCUUCUAGGCUAAAUACUCGCCUAGGGGGGCCGGGAUGGCUAAAUGAGUAGCGACGUCACAUCACAUCGAAUCGACUAAUCACCUCAUCACGCGAGCGAACACCACUCAUUAACACACAUACACGCACAUGCACCCAAACGCGAUGACAUUCUGCAGUCUAAUUAUAACAAAAGGAAUAGAGAAAGCAGCUCGCGCACCUUUCGUUGAUACGACGUCGAUCACGCAGCAUCGCCUAUCGCAGCAUCCCGGUUCUCGUUCGCUACCCGCGUCUAUAUUUUUUAUAAAGUUUUCAUUUAAAGUCCUUUGUAAUAAGUUUCAUCAUUUCACUUACCAUUUUUUAAACCGGCUGUUUUCAACUUCUUACGUUGAUAAUUUCUGUAUACAUAAUUUGCAUACAUUUACGUUUAAUCUAAAUUUUAAACCACAUUUGGUUAUACCAAAUUUGAACUGUAUAAAAAUAAAAAGUUUAUAACGAUUUGCGGAA